CUGUUAGUCAGAAGAUCCAAACCACAGGACAAGGGCUCACGAAUCACUGUGCAGAAGGGAAGGACUAAGCUACACCCUCCCUCUCCACCCCCCCCCCCUCUCUGCUCAGACCUCCUCCUCUUCUUAAUACCUCCCUGGCCGUGCAAGGUUGUGUUUUCAUCACGUUUGAAAACAAGGCACCCUUUUGGCUGGGCUUUUUAUCUUCUUCUUCUUCCUCCUCUCUGGCUCCCUGAGAGGCUGAGCGAUCGGGAAGAGUGUUUUUCAGCACCUCGGAGAGCGCUCGAAGCAUACAACAUGGCUCCGAUCACAGCCAGCAGAGAAGAAUUUGAUGAAAUUCCAACAGUGGUUGGAAUCUUCAGUGCCUUUGGGCUGGUCUUCACCAUCUCUCUUUUUGCUUGGAUCUGCUGCCAACGCAAAUCUUCCAAAUCCAACAAGACCCCUCCGUACAAAUUUGUCCACGUGCUGAAAGGGGUUGAUAUUUAUCCCGAGAACCUCAACAGCAAGAAGAAGUUUGGGGCAGAUGACAAAAACGAAGCCAAAGCCAAGGCCGUGAUGCCAAAGAGCUCUCUUCACCUCGACUUGGAAAAACAAGACCUGAACGGCAACUUUCCCAAAACGAUCCCCAAAAUCCCCAGCUCCUCUGAUCUUGAGAACUUCACUCCAAAACUCUUUCCAGAGAGAGAAAAAGAUUCAAUAUCCCCCGAUAGCCUGAAGUCCACAACUUCAAUAUCUUCCGAAGAGAAACCAGAUAAAUUAGGGACUCUGUUCUUUUCUAUUGAGUACAAUUUCGAGAAGAAAGCAUUCAUGGUGAACAUCAAGGAAGCGCAUGGCUUGCCAGCCAUGGAUGAGCAGUCAAUGACUUCCGAUCCAUACAUCAAAAUGACAGUACUCCCCGAGAAGAAACACAAGGUGAAAACGCGAGUGCUCAGGAAGACCUUAGAUCCCGCCUUUGACGAGACCUUUACAUUUUAUGGGAUCCCUUAUACUCAAGUUCAAGAUCUCAGCCUUCACUUUAUGAUCCUGAGUUUCGAUCGGUUUUCCCGAGACGACAUCAUUGGAGAAGUCCUCUUUCCUCUCUCAGGGAUCGAAUUGUCUGAAGGAAGAAUGCUGAUGAACAAGGAAAUCAUCAAAAAGAAUGUUAGGAAAUCCUCCGGGCGUGGGGAGUUGCUGAUUUCUCUCUGUUACCAGUCCACGACGAAUACUCUCACUGUGGUUGUUUUAAAAGCCAGGCACCUACCCAAAGCAGAUAUUUCAGGAUUAUCAGACCCCUAUGUCAAAGUGAACCUCUAUCACGCCAAGAAAAGGAUUUCCAAAAAGAAAACCCAUGUCAAAAAGUGUACCCCCAAUGCCGUGUUCAAUGAACUUUUUGUCUUCGACAUUCCUUGCGAAGGCCUCGAGGAGAUCAGCAUCGAGUUCUUGGUCUUGGAUUCCGAUAGGGGGUCCCGGAAUGAAAUCGUUGGCCGUUUAACCUUGGGGGCUUCUGCAGAAGGAACAGCCGGAGAACACUGGAAGGAAAUCUGCGAGUUCCCUAGGAGACAGAUUGCCAAAUGGCACGCGUUGUGCGACGGCUAGCGGCUCGACAGGGAGUUGGAUGGGACUUUUUGAUGAAAAUUCCAUAGGCAAGGAUCAAUUUUCUUUCUUUGCAAUGUGUAAUUGCGGGCUUAUGACAAAAAAAUAUACUUUUUGUUGUUGAGACUGAAUUGAAUGAUCAGAUGUUAACUACAUUUUCUCAUUCCGUAAAGUCUUUUUUUUUUUUUUGCAAGCUAUAAGAACUUGACGUAAUUUCAUCAGAGGUCCGUAUUCUGCUGAAGUUUACACAGCGAUAGAGACACACAAUGCUGUAAACAUAAUUAAGAAGUCUUUUUCGAUGGCAAAAGUCACCAGGAGUCCCAGAUUACUGCUGUCACCCUGAUGACAAUAACCUCAUUAGUAGAUGUUGCUAGACCUAGACACAUCUGUGUUUCAUAAAGCUGAAAAACGAAGCUGAAUGAAUGGGAUCGGGGUGGAAUGUAUCUUUCGGCUUCAGAAAAAACCUUAUCCCAUGAAAAUUCAACCACUUUUCUCCCCCCCACCCCCCGAAAAAAGGUUGGGUACCUGAAAACUCACACCACUUUUUGUCCAAUAUUUGCCUUGCAUAUCACCCUGCCCCCGCUUUGAUGGGCAACCCAUGUGAUAAACGUGUUGAUUUUGAAAAGGAGAGAGAUGCCAUUACAUGAAACAGACACGUGAGAAAAAAGAACUCUGAGGGCAUCUCCGAAAACAGUUCAUUUUGUUUCACAAAGGGCUUUGAGGAAGAUGUAAGGAAACGGACAUUUGACAGGAGGAUCAAGAUUCGUGCUUUAAGUAUCGGCUAUGAUUUUUUUAUAGAAUAGAUACGUAUUGGAGGUUGGGUCCGAAAAUACACAUCAAACAUUUCAAACCAAGGGUAACCCAAGUGUAAUCCUUGGUAUGUUUUGAAAUAGCCUUCCAGUGCCAAAAUGGAAGUUGUUUACUGUACAUUUCUAUCUGUUUUGUUGGCCAGAUCCCGGCUGGAAUGUACCUGGACAUUUUGGGUGGUGGAACUUGACGAGGGCAGGAUUUGUGGAAGGGGGGGACUUCUAUAGGGUAUUAUCGCCAUAGAAAAUGGCCAUUGUCUUCCAAAGUGGCCAUUUUCUUCAGGUGAACUAUCUCUGUUGCCUGCAGAUGAGUUACAAUAGCAGGAGUUCUCCAGUUACCUCCUGUGGAUUGGCAACCCAUUUGUUACACUAAGAACAAAAGUGGGAAGGUGAGAAGGGUUAAAAAAUUAAAAUAAAAACAACAUAAAUGCAAAGCACCGAUCCUUCAAAGACUUACCAGAAGGCAAAGUCUUAGCAGAAACAGGCUCACUGAUAGCUUUAUACCUCAUGCUAAUUUGACAUGUAAACAAGCUGUAGGGAUUCACUUAGCUUCACUGCAUUCAUAUCACUGGCCAAUUGUGUUGAAAGUGGAAGGGGUGGGGGUAGGGAUAGAAGCGGGGGCAGGGGUGGGGGCGGGGGCGGGCAAGCUCAUGUAUAUUCUUCAUUUGGGGCCAAACAUGCAUGCAUACAUAGUACGAUCAAUUUUUUUUGUCCGACUGGGGGAUCAGUUGUGUAAUAUAAGCCCCCUUCUCAUAAUUUGGGGUUGAUCAGAUCUGACCCAAGACCUGCCAAGGGAUUCGUUGCUUUUUUUGGCUGACAACAAACUCAAGCAGGUUUGGGGGCCGUGCUCAACUUGGCAGGUCACAGGUUGUGUGGGUCCACACAAAACGAUACCCCCCCCCCCCGUUGGGGACCCAUGAGACGUAUUCCAAUGUUUACAUUCGAAAGCAUUUUUGAAGUUGGCAGAUUAGCACAAUUGCGGCUGGAAAGUUUCCUAUGCUAUGCUUUGCAGGCGGAGACUUGGUCUUGGAGUGAGUCUUCAUUCCAGUAUUGCAUUCCCUUCUAUGUGAGUGGUUCUUUUUUUUUAGCAAGUCCAUGGGAGGUACGCAAGUGGAAAACGAAGCAGGAAAAUCAUCCCUCAUCUGUGUGGAUUUUCCUGCAGACACCAGCUAGCAGAGGUCUAGCAGUCUAGUGGCAGGAUCUUUCCUGCAAAUGCCACGUCUGGCAUGACAUUUUCCAGACGUAUCUUCAGGGAUGUCAUCCCAAAUGAACUCUGAUGGACUCGAAGCUCACGCGAGAGGCUUAGGAACAGAGUUCCCCUCUGCCAAAACGUUGCGGAUUCUCCCUUUUCUUGGUGGGUAGAAGUUUGUUUAGAGGACAGGACGACCAGACCUGUUAAAGAAUCAGGAAGGAUAAGGUGCUCCAGUUUUUUCCGCUAUUCCCACGAUCUCACUGCAGCACCUUACUGCUCAAAUAGUCCUGGUUAUGUGUUGGAGGUGGGGAGGUGCUGAUUCCAGCAAAGCGGAAGGGCUCAGGAUGGCGUGCCAAAGAAUGGCUGCAUUAACAAUGACCAAUGCAGGACACAAUGAUGUCCACGUGACAUGACCAACUCUGGCA